AUGUCUCGCAACGCCCCCAAGAAGCAGUCCGCGCCCACAUCCAUCGGCCAACCGGUGCGGACCUCCUACGCGUCCAACGACGUCCCCAUCCCGGCCGACUUCCUCUCCGGCCCGCCCCCGGACCCCGUGACCCUCACGCGGAUCGACUGGUCCGGGACGCCCCUCCCCGAGAACGGCGACCGCUACGCCGUCGUCCUCGACAACGUCCUCACGCCCGCCGAGUGCGCGCAGCUCAUCGCGCUCGCCGAGGCCAGCGCCACCACCGCCGACGCGCCCUGGCAGCCCGCCAUGGUCAACAUCGGCGGCGGCUUCGAGAUCCUCGAGCCCGCGUACCGCAGCAGCGACCGCAUCAUCUGGGACCAGCAGGCCGUCGUCGACCGGCUGUGGGCGCGCUGCGCGCUCGCGCCGGGCCUGCGGGAGGACCUCGCGACCUUCCACCGGCUCGCGCCCGCGCGGGGCGGCAAGGUGGGCUGGAAGUUCGACCGGUUCAACAAGCGGAUGCGGUUCCUGAAGUACGGCCCGGGUCAGUUCUUCAGGCCGCACUGCGACGGCGAGUACAGCGAGACGAGCGAGGACGGCACGGUGUUCAGGACGCACUACACGGUUCACUUGUAUCUCAACGACUCGGCGCAGGCGGUGGGCGAGGGCAAGGCGGAUCUCGUGGGCGGUGCGACGUCGUUCCUGUCGGGGGAUGAGGAGAGGAGGGUCGAUUGUGACCCGAAGAUGGGGCGGGUGCUUAUUUUCCAGCAUAGCCGGCUGUAUCACUCUGGCGACGAUGUUGUGAGUGGUAUUAAGUACACCAUGAGGACGGAUAUCAUGUACGAGAUGGUCAGGGAGAAGGAUCAGGCCAAGGGUGUCUAA